CCAGCAAUCGUUCUUUUCCGCCAUUGCUACUGUGGAAAGUGUUCUGUUCUCGUAAGAGCUAAGGCCAAUCAGGCGACUUACACUAUUAUUUCACAACAUCCGACCACUUAAAUAAACUAAAAAAGAAAUGGCUUCUCAAGACGAACUUGCUUGCGUUUAUGCAGCUCUUCUGUUGUCAGACGACAACGUUGCCAUCACCGCUGAUAAAAUUAACACCAUUUUAAGAACUGCUGGUGUUUCAGUUGAACCAUACUGGCCAUCCUUGUUCAGUAAAGCUUUAGAUGGUGUUAACGUAAAAGAAUUGAUCACCAAUAUUGGUAGUGCCGCUGGUUCUGCCCCAGCAGCUGCUGCUCCAGCUGCAGGUGAAGCUGAUCCUGCCGCAGAAGCCAAGAAAGAAGAAAAGAAAGUAGAAUCUGAAGAAUCUGAUGAUGACAUGGGAUUUGGUCUAUUUGACUAAAUACCAGAGAUUUCUAGUAUAAAAGAAAAUAAAAAUAUGUAAAAAAAAAAAAAA